AGCCUCUUUCGUGAGAGGUAGUUGCUGCGUUCUGUUUUUGUUGUUGUUUGAACUUAUCACCCCUUCACGCGAACUGACGCACAGCUGGCGAGCACGGCAGUAAUGGAGGAUGCAGUUGAGUUUAUCCAGAGUCGCCCGCUGAUCGGGUAUCAGAUGGACGGCUCCCAUCUGAACAACGUCCUGGUCAGCAUGGCACAGCAGCAGCAACAUCUGGUGGACGCGCAAAACCAGCUGAAUGAACGUCUCGGCGACAUCGCAGAGGACGUGCGUGAGAUUCGGGAUCACCAAAAGCAGUUAGAAGGCGUCGUUGGCGAGCUCGGUGGACCGGAGCAGCUGCACAACGUACGGUCGCGCAUCAACGACGUUGAGCGCGCCUUGGAUGGGGCAGCGCGUGAGCUUCAAGAGGUGCGAGGGCUGGCCAGCACCGCCGCGCAGGACGCAGACCAAGCUGGCCGGCUUGCCGACGACGCCAAUCGGGCGGCAGCGGCCCUGCGGGACACCGUCAACAAAUUAGGCACCGACGUGGACGGCGUCGCCCGUCAAGCGGAGGUGGACCGCAAAGGCAUCAGCAAAGCGCUCGGCGAUCUCGACAAGGACCGCGGCGACCUGGAGCAGCAGAUGCGGGAGGCACUGCGCGAUCUGCAGCAGCGUGCGGAGCGCAUCGAGCGGGAGAGCGGGGCAGAGCGGCUGCGACGCAUGCUGGAGGAGCUGAGCGACCGCACCGACGAAAACUUCCGCAGCGUCGAGGAGAGUGCGCGGGCGGUGGAUGCGGAGUUGUCGCGGCUGAACGUGAACCAGUCCACACUGCGUGGAGAGCUGGCGGCGCUGGACGAGCGAGCACGCACUGGAUUGGCCGCGCUGUCGUCGGACACGGACAGUAAGUACCACAUGCUUCUCGACGCGUUCCGAAAGUACGAGGCGGGGUGGUCUGAAUUAGAGGAGCACAUGGUGCGUGCAGGUCAGCUUUUAGCGAACCGCAAGCAGCGCUCACCGGGCCGGACCAGCGCGCAGCGGUGA